AUCAGCUGAUGAGAGAAAACAACAGUGGGCGGACCUUGAUUCCAGGGAAGUGGUUUGCAAUGGAUUUCAGACUAUUUUUCACAACUUUGAUAGUUCUUUUAUUGAGACCUGUUUCACCAGAGCCUACACAUAUCGUCUUCAUCCUGGCCGAUGAUUACGGCUUUCACGACAUUGGUUACCACGACUCGAUCAUAAAAACACCUAAUCUGGACAGACUGGCUAGCGAGGGCGUGAAGCUAGAAAACUAUUACGUUCAGCCCAUAUGUACACCCACAAGAAGUCAACUAAUGAGCGGCAGAUAUCAGAUUCACACAGGUUUACAACAUGGCAUAAUCUGGCCUUGUCAACCAAGCUGUUUGCCAAUCAAUGAGGUAACCAUACCACAGAAGCUAAAAGAAUCUGGUUACGCCACACAUAUAGUAGGCAAAUGGCAUUUGGGAAUGUAUAAAAAAGAAUGUCUUCCAACUGAAAGAGGAUUUGAUACUUUCUUCGGUUAUUUAACAGGAAGUGAAGACUAUUACACGCACAACAGAAGUUACGAUAAGUUCCACGGAAUGGAUUUUAGAGAGAACAUGCAAAUAGUACAACCACAAUAUAAUGGACAGUAUUCAACACAUGUGUUUGCUGAGAAAGCAAAAAACAUCAUUAAAAGCCAUGACCCUCAAAUACCUUUAUUUUUAUACUUACCGUUCCAAGCAGUUCAUGGUCCACUACAAGUGCCUGACCAGUACGAGAAGCCAUAUGCAAACAUAACAAAUAAACAGAGACGUACAUAUGCAGGAAUGGUGUCUUGUAUGGAUGAAGCUGUUGGUAAUAUUACACAAACACUGAAAGAUACAGGACUUUAUGACAACUCAGUGAUUAUAUUUUCAACAGACAAUGGUGGUCAGGUAAUAGCAGGUGGAAAUAAUUGGCCGUUACGCGGCUGGAAAGGGUCAUUAUGGGAAGGAGGGAUGCAUGGAGUAGGAUUCGUCAAUAGUCCACUGAUUAAUCAUCAAGCUAGGGGAACCACAUCUAAAGAGCUUAUUCAUGUCACUGAUUGGUUUCCCACUAUCGUGCACUUGGCUGGUGGGAGUGUGAAUGGUACACAGCCAUUGGAUGGCUAUAACCAAUGGGAAACUAUCAGCAAUGGUAAGAAAUCACCCAGAAAAGAAUUGUUGCACAACAUAGAUCCCAAUUAUAUAGCAUUGCAGACAUCCAACAACAAUAUGAUAUACAGAACAGACAUGUUCAAUGCUUCCAUUCGAGCUGCCUUGAGAGUUGGUGAUUGGAAGAUACUGACAGGUGAUCCAGGUAACAGCAGUUGGAUUCCUCCGCCUGAGUCAAGUAUUACUUCUCCGCAUCCGACAGAUAUUCCUGGGAAAAUUAUCUGGUUGUUCAAUAUUGCCGAAGACCCAAACGAAUAUAAAGAUCUCUCUCUAUUCAGACCAGAUAAGGUCAAUGAACUUUUAGAAAAAUUGCAGCAAUAUUACAAAACAUCUGUGCCUGUGCGUUACCCUGACAACGACCCUGCCUGUGAUCCUGGCAAGCACAGUGGUGCAUGGGGGCCAUGGCAAUGAUAUCUUAAUGUAGUUUGAAUGUACAUUUCCCAGUACUUUAUGACUUGUAAAGAGGUCUUAUCUAGAAUACAUGUGAUGGUAAACUUUAUUGGGACGUAUUAGUGGUAUUAUAUUUUCAACACAUUAUGCAAAUCAAGAAUACACAUUUUUUUUAGAUUUAAAAAAAACAAAACAGGCAGGGAAUUGUGCUUUGUGUGUGUCAUGUGAUACAUGCCAUGGUCGCGUAUUGGAAGGGCGCCCUCAACAUGUUAGAAACUUUGUUAUGUGCUUGGUUGUGGUUGUUACUGCACCAGAUUCGCGACAGUCUUUAAAAUAUUUAGUGAAAACUAAUAUUGCCAUUUUAUCACUAUAUUAAUUACUAUAGCUCCAUUAAAACAAUAUCAUAGAACAGAACGAAUAACUAUAUUAUAUG